ACCUCACCAUUUCCUCCAGAACUCGUUCUUUAUUCAUUGCUGCCAUUUCAAUUCUAUCUGUCCUAAAUUUUUUCUCGUUUAAGAUUCGAUUCGUCUUAUCCAAAUUUAUAAUUUCUUUUGAGAUUCUUUGCGAUGGAGGUUUCGGUGAUCGGAAGUUCUCAGGCAAAUAUUUGCAGAAGCGAAGUAGCGUACAAAGAGCUAAGGUUCUGUAUUCCUCGAAGAAACAAUAGUGUUUCUUUCUUUGAUCUAAGUAAGAGGUCCAGAAAGUCUGGGCUUCGCCUCACUUUAAAUGCUAUACGAGUGGAAACUUUAAGAUCCGACAGCCGAUCUGGUCCUCAAGCUUCUUCAAGAUCCGAAUCGCUGGAUGGUGUAAGAUUAUUUGUUGGGCUGCCUUUGGAUGCAGUUUCCGACUGCAAUACAAUUAACCAUGCAAGAGCAAUUGCAGCAGGACUUAAAGCUUUGAAAUUGUUGGGAGUUGAAGGCGUGGAGAUGCCUGUGUGGUGGGGAAUAGCUGAGAAGGAAGCGAUGGGAAAAUAUGAAUGGGAAGGCUACCUUAAUCUUGCAGAGAUGGUUCAGAAUGCAGGUCUCAAGCUCCAUGUCUCACUCUACUUCCAUGCUAAUAAACAACCUAAAAUCCCACUCCCUCAGUGGGUAUCCCGGAUUGGUGAAUCGAAGCCUGAUAUUUUCUACACGGAUAGAUCGGGGCACCAUUUCAAAGAUUGCUUGUCAUUGGCUGUUGAUGAUCUUCCUGUUCUUGAUGGGAAGACUCCUGUCCAAGUUUACCAGGAAUUUUGUGAUAGCUUCAAGUCUUCGUUCUCGCAUUUCAUGGGUUCCACGAUCACGGGUAUCACAAUGGGACUCGGACCAAAUGGUGAGCUACGAUAUCCUUCUGAUUAUCGCCUACCCGGCAGUAGCAAAGUCUGUGGAGCAGGGGAAUUUCAAUGUUACGAUAAAAAUAUGCUUGACCUUCUUAAGCAACACGCUGAUGCAACUGGAAAUCCUUUAUGGGGACUCGGUGGUCCUCAUGAUGUGCCAAGUUAUUACCAGUUACCGAACUUUAACACCUUCUUCAAGGACCAUGGAGGUUCAUGGGAGUCGCCAUAUGGUAACUUCUUCCUUUCCUGGUAUUCAAGCCAGCUCUUGUGUCAUGGAGAUCGCCUCCUUUCCCUUGCCGCUGGUGUUUUUGAUGAUGCUAAUGUGAGAGUUUAUGGCAAAGUCCCGCUUGUGCACUCUUGGUACAAAACCCGUGCUCACCCUUCUGAGUUAACUUCAGGAUUCCAUAACACAGUUAGUAGAGAUGGCUAUGAACCAUUUGCAGAGAUGUUUGCAAGACAUUCGUGCAAAAUGAUCUUACCAGGAAUGGACUUAUCAGAUGAGCAUCAGCCGCAAGAGUUCUUGUCAAGCCCUGAGCUGUUACUUGCACAGAUUAGAAAAGCUUGCAAGAAGUAUGGGGUCAAGGUUUCUGGGCAGAACUCAUUGGUUUCUAAAGCACCCCAUCACUUCGAGCAGAUAAAGAAAAACGUAUCAGGUGAAAAUGUGGUAGACUUGUUCACUUAUCAGAGAAUGGGAGCUGAAUUUUUCUCCCCGGAGCAUUUUCCCUCCUUCACGGAGUUUGUUAGAAGCCUUAAUCAACCAGAAAUGCAUGCAGAUGAUCUUCCCGAGGAAGAGGAAGAAGUUGCUGAAUCUCUACAGACAAGCUCAGAAUCAAGCGUUCAAAUGCAAGCAGCUUAGUAUGAGUUUUGUGUAUAUAUGAAAUAUUAUUUCCGGUGAUUGUAUCAAAACAGAUUGUAUUAGUUAAAGCAUACAAGAGAAGUAGUUAUGAACUUGUAAUUGUGAGAUAUUUACUUGAUUAUACUUCCCCUUGUCCACAACUCAUAGCCACUAUUAAGCUUUGGCUCCUGAGUAGAGAUUUUCAGAAAACUGGACA